AUGGUCUGUCUACAAUGUACAGCAACAGGAGAGAGAGUAUGUCUUGCGGCUGAAGGUUUCGGUAACAGACAUUGUUACUUAGAGAACAUAGCUGACAAGAAUUUCCCACCUGAGAUGUCAUCAUGUGUGUUUGUGAUCGAACAAGCUUUAUCAGUGCGUGCCCUUCAAGAGAUGGUGACAGCUACCUCAUCAGACAAGGGUAAAGGAACCCAAUCGGGCCACAGAACGCUGCUGUACGGUCAUGCUGUACUUUUACGACACCAAAACAGCAACAUGUAUCUUGCUUGUCUUUCUACGAGUUCAUCCAACGACAAACUGGCAUUCGAUGUUGGUUUGCAAGAACAUUCUCAAGGUGAGGCGUGUUGGUGGACGAUCCAUCCUGCAUCAAAACAACGAUCAGAGGGUGAGAAAGUAAGAGUCGGGGACGAUUUAAUCCUGGUCAGUGUUGCUACUGAACGUUACCUGCACACGGCCAGAGAAGAAGAAAAAACUAUAGUAAAUGCAAGUUUUCACCUUACCCACUGGUCUGUAGCACCAUUUGGUACAGGAGCAAGCAGAGCAAAAAAUGUUGGCUAUGUGUUUGGAGGUGAAGUUCUUAGGUUUUUUCAUGGAGGAGAUGAGUGCCUUACCAUUCCUCCUACUUGGUCAGAAGCUCCAGGUCAGAACAUGGUCGUGUAUGAAGGUGGUGCAGUUCUUAACCAGGCAAGGUCCUUGUGGAGGUUGGAGUUAGUUCGAACAAAGUGGUCUGGAGGUUUCAUAAAUUGGGGCUAUGCUCUUAGAGUUCGUCACAUCACUACAGGUCGCUACCUGUCAUUUAAAGAAAAUCGAGAAGUGUGCCUGGUAUCUCGUGAGGAAGCCCCUGUAGCAGCAACAGCCUUCUGCUUAAGGCAGACAAAGGAUGAUAAGAAGAUAGUUAUUGAUGAGAAGGAAGAAGAAUGCAUAGGGUCUCCACUGAUAAAAUAUGGUGAUACAACAGUGUUCAUACAACAUCUGGACACAGGCCUUUGGCUCUCAUACAAGACCUAUGAAACCAAAAAAAGAGGAGUUGGUAAAGUUGAAGAGAAGCAGGCUAUAAUGUCUGAAGAAGGUAAGAUGGAUGAUGGUCUGGAAUUCAGUCGGUCACAAGAAGAGGAAUCUCGAACUGCUCGUGUCAUUCGAAAAUGUGGAGCUUUGUUUAACAAGUUUAUCAUGGGCUUAAAUACUGUAAAGUCAAAACAUCACAGCUCUAUUUUUACUGAAACUAAUCAACAGGAAAUGAUAAUGUGCUUAGAAGAUUUAAUAAAUUACUUUGCUCAACCAGAAGAAGACAUUGAACAUGAAGCAAAACAAAACAAACUCAAAGCUUUAAGAAAUAGGCAGGACCUGUUUCAGGAAGAGGGUAUCUUAAAUCUUAUACUGGAGACCAUUGAUAAAAUCAACAUAAUCACAUCUCAAGGAUAUUUUGUUGCCCUAGUUGGAGAGGAGAGUUGCCAACACUGGGAAGCAAUAUCUGGCUAUCUGUAUCAACUCUUAGCUGCCAUUAUUAAGGGAAAUCACACCAACUGUGCCCAGUUUGCUCAGUCAAACAGAUUAGACUGGUUAUUCAGCAGGUUAGGAAGCCAGCAAGCAUCUGAAGGCACAGGCAUGCUGGAUGUCUUACACUGUGUGUUGAUUGACAGUCCUGAAGCUCUGAAUAUGAUGAAAGAAGAACACAUCAGAGUCAUUAUCUCACUGCUAGAAAAACACGGGAGGGAUCCAAAAGUCUUGGAUGUUCUUUGUUCACUUUGUGUGGGUAAUGGAGUGGCAGUACGUAGCAGUCAGAACAAUAUAUGUGAUAAUCUGCUACCAGGAAAGAACUUGUUACUUCAGACUCAACUUGUUGACCAUGUAACAAGCAUGCAUCCAAACAUCUAUGUUGGGAAGGUGGAUGGUUCUGCUAUGUUUAGGAAAUGGUAUUUUGAAGCUAUGGUUGACCACAUGGAAAUGGUUACUCAUCUAGACCCUCAUUUUCGGGUAGGUUGGGCCAACACAAUUGGCUACAUACCAUACCCUGGUGGAGGAUCCAAGUGGGGUGGCAAUGGAGUUGGAGAUGAUUUGUACUCUUUUGGUUUUGAUGGAGCUCACAUGUGGUCAGCUGGACGAAAUAAUUUGGUUCGUCAUGUCCAUAGCCCAUACAUCCAGAAAGGAGAUGUGAUUGGUUGUAUCAUUGAUCUGAAUAUCCCCAUCAUCACAUUUACUGUUAAUGGUGUGAAGGUGAAAGGUUGCUUUAGAAACUUUAACACAGAUGGGAUGUUUUAUCCUGUUAUUAGCUUCUCAGCUAAACUCAGUUGUCGUUUUAUGUUUGGAGGAGAUCAAGGUCGACUACGCUAUGGACCACCAAAUGGACAUUCACCUCUAGUAGAAUCCUUGCUUCCACAACAAUCAUUGACAGUAGAACCUUGUUUUCAGUUUGGAGAAGUUAAUAAAGGAAUCUUGUAUGGUCCAUCACUGGAGUUGGAUGACACAGCUUUUGUACCCACCCCGGUAGACACUUCUGGAGUUAAUCUUCCAGCUUACAUUGAAAAUGUCAGAGAUAAACUUGCAGAAAAUAUUCAUGAAGUGUGGGCUAUGAAUAAAAUAGACAGUGGCUGGGUAUAUGGUGAGAUCAGAGAUGAUGUUCUUAAGAGACAUCCAUGCUUAACAUCCUUUGAAAAACUUCCGAGUGCUGAGAAGAAAUAUGACACUACAGUUGCACUUCAGACACUCAAAACAAUCUUGGCCCUUGGAUAUCAUAUUACAUUAGAUAAACCUCCUGCAAGGAUCAAAACUGUGAAACUCCAUAAUGAUCCAUACCUUCAGUCAAAUGGUUAUAAACCAGCGCCCUUAGAUCUCAGUGCCAUAACACUUUCUCAAAAAAUGGAGGAUCUGAUUGAUCAACUUGCAGAAAACACACACAAAGUUUGGGCAAAAGAACGAAUUCAACAGGGCUGGACGUAUGGUCUCAAUGAGGAUUCACUGCUCAGAAGAAGUCCACACCUCCUGCCUUACAAGAAUGUAGAUGAAGUUAUCAAAAAAGCAAACAGAGAUACUGCAAGUGAAACUGUACGCACACUAUUAGCUUAUGGAUACAUCCUAGAACCUCCUACUGCUGAAAGCACCGAAGGCAUAGUGAGUACCACUAAAAAAUCCAAGAAUGAUCAGAGGACCCUCAGAGCUGAGAGUAUUUAUGCUGUCACUUCUGGCAAGUGGUACUUUGAAUAUGAAAUUAUGACACCUGGACCAAUGAAAAUUGGGUGGGCCUCAAUGGCUUUUAUUCCAUCAUGCGAAAUAGGUGGAGAUGAAAAUUCUUGGGCUUUUGAUGGUUUUCGGGUGAGCUAG